UUUUUAUUGAAUUUUGUGAAUCAUGCGAUCGGAAAUAAUUCCAUAUGUCUACAACCCACUGUUUUCCAAAGCAGUUUGGAAUCUUCAGCAAGCCCUAGCAUUUUGGUAUAAUCAAACAAAUUUUAAGAGGAUAACAAAAGCUUGAUUUUACCAGUUGAUUAAUCUUCUAAAGCCUUUCCGAUUGCUCUGUCCUCACUUCACGCUUUGUUCAGAGCUAGUGGAGAGGUUCUAACAAUAUAAAACCUUACAUUUGUUUAUUCUUUUACUGAGCGCCAUCAAAUCUACUGUUGGAUUUUCUAGUCUUAGCAAAAACUUUCAUUUGUGAAAUCUCAUCCAUUUGAUCAGUGCAUGUCUAUCCUGAAGCAAUCUAUCAUUGGAAGUAGACAGAACCAGAAUUAGUUAAUAUUAGCGAAUACAGGAAAAUGUAUGAGUAAUAGAACCAAUCAAGGCUCGUCUACUAUGAUGAACAAAGAUUCUC